CGGCGAUGCUUUGCUGAGACGAAACGAUGGAAUAUGGAGGACGGUGGAACGGACCCCGAGAACAACAAUAGUAGCCACUGUGGAAUGUUAGGAAUCAGCAUGCCAUGCGAAGGAGCCGGUCAUGACUUUAGCACCGUCCGGAAGGAGCUGGAGUACGCGAACGCGAUCGCCGCCCACUACGGUGCCACGGAAAAGGGUGAUCGCAUCAUUAGCUAUAAGCUCGAGAAUAGAAGACGAAGUGAUCAUUGUAGCCGCUCGAACAGUCCAUUCCUUAGUCCGACCACAGCCGAACUAGACGGUCGGUGCAGUAACAACAGUAACAAAGCGGCCGGCAUCCUGCGGACUGCCCAGGACAAGAUGUCUCCCCUCUCGAUGCCCACCGGUCCGAGUGCGACCUCGACGACGGCAGCUGCCGCCGCUGCUGCCGUAGCUGCCGCCCAAGUACACCUGAAUGGAACUAUGCAAGACAUGCUAAAUCUACAGAAACUGCAAAGUCUAGCACAGCUGACGGGGGCGAGCGUGUUGGGACCGAGCCUGGGAUUGCCAACGUCCCCGUUGCUAGGGAACUCACCCCUCAACCUGAGCCUAUCGGGUCAAAAUCACAGCCCGCAGGUACUGGGGUUGGGGCCGUCUGCUCCAAUUGCGACGGCCGCACCGCAGAUGCCGCAGCUGCUGCUAGCGUCGGGACAAAUAAUGCAGGGAAUCCAAGGUGCUCAGCUGCUAAUACCGACAUCUCAAGGAAUUGCCACUCAAACGAUCCUCACGAUCCCGGUCGGACAGCAGGUGAUAUCCAACAUGAGCAGUGAGGCCCUGCUACAGUCGUUGAACUUUAACAACUCCCUCAGCGAAACGCUUAGCUCACAGGCGGCCCAGGCAGCCGCUGCUGCUGCCGCCGCUAGCGGUGGUCUUUUCGCGACUCCCAGGGACACUUCCGGAUCGUCCAGCUCUGGGUUGCUGUCGACACAGUUGCUAGCGUCCGCGGGAAGCCACACGUUGCAGCAAUCGCAACAACAUUCCCCCAAAGGUUUGCACUACGCCAACCAUCACCAUCAUCACCACCAUCACCAUGGAGAGGUGAAGUUUAAGCCAAACUCCGCGUCCGCUUCGGCCAGCUCGGUGUCCAGCUCGGUCUGUUUGUCCACCGUGCACGACACUCACCGGCAGCAGCAGCAUCAAUCCUCCCACUCACUAUCGUCGUCCACCGCUUCCAACUCCCUUGGACAUGGGACCGGCGGUCGGAUGACGCCGGACAUGCAUCGGGCAAAGAUCCAAUCCGGCGAAUCACCGAAGCGGAUCUUGCUGGCCACGUCUUCUCCACCCGUGUCAACGCUUAGCCGGCCGGCUAGCUAUGCCUCCUGCUCGUCGUCACCUUACGAGAAAUCGAUGCCACUGAAGCGUACCCAUUCGCCGCCGGCCACCAUCAACUGUACCACGCCGAGCAGCAGUAGCGGCAGUGGCCACUCCAGCAACGGCCAUUUGCAGGUGAACGUCCACAGUGCCAUCAUCAGUGCAACGAGUCCACGCUCUCCAUCGGACAGUGCAAUCAACAGACUUGGUCUAUCGAGUGGCAGCGAACUGAUCACGUCCAAGUCGAAACUAUCGCCUGCCGGUUCAUCCAGUUCGGGCCUAGCGCUGCCCAAGGAGCAACCGUCUACCCAUCCACAUACGUCCGUCUCACCGCUGCACCAUCAUUCUUCCUCCGGGCCGUCUGCACCCGGAUCAACCGGCCGGCCCGGGUCGUGCGAUCUGGAACUCAUAGAGCAGCAGCAGCAGCACCAUCACCGGGCACCUUCGGUAGACGACCUGGAGUUAGACAAACCGUCCACCGUCGGCAGUAGCAGCGGUACGGUGCAUCAGCUGCAAAAGCGACCCCAUCACAGUGCAACCAGUACGCCACCGCCCAAACUAAGUCCCGCUGGUUCCGCCGGCCGGUUAUCGCACAGUGACGACGACGACGAUGACGCAUCGAACCACGAAUUUCUGGAAGAGCAUCCAAAUGAGUUAACAAUCAAUCAAACUAAUUGCAACGUGGUGGACGGUAUCGAUCUGGACGACAUCAAGGAGUUCGCCAAGGCGUUCAAACUGCGGCGACUGUCGCUCGGACUCACGCAAACCCAGGUCGGCCAAGCGCUGUCGGUCACCGAGGGACCUGCCUACAGCCAGAGUGCCAUCUGCAGCGCUCUUGCCGCCCAGAUGUACUGUGCAGCGCAACUUUCAUCGCAGCAGCAGCAAAUGUUUGAAAAGUUAGACAUAACUCCCAAAAGCGCACAAAAAAUUAAACCAGUGCUCGAGCGUUGGAUGAAGGAAGCCGAAGAAAGUCAUUCAUCUAGGUACAAAUCGGGCCAAAACCACGUGCCAGACUUUAUCGGUGUGGAACCGUCCAAGAAGCGGAAACGAAGAACAUCCUUUACGCCGCAAGCGCUCGAACUGCUGAACGGUCACUUUGAACGAAACACACAUCCUUCCGGAACUGAAAUCACCGGCCUUGCCCAUCAGCUCGGUUACGAGCGGGAGGUUAUACGCAUCUGGUUCUGCAACAAACGCCAAGCGCUCAAGAACACCGUGCGGAUGAUGUCGAAAAGCUUCAAGAUGGAAAAUACUUAA